AUGUCCGAGAACUUGAACAUCGGCGUAGGGGCGCUGCUCAUCGGCACGCUCGUCACUUCUGUCGGCUUCGGCAUUACGACCAUGCAGACCCUGUUUUGGUUCCGUGCCUACCCUAAUGACCCCAAAGUAAUUCGCUAUAUUGUCUGGUCCAUUUUCUGUCUCGACUUGUGUCACAUCAUGUUUACGAUGCAUAUGAUCUACUAUUAUCUCAUCCUCAAUUACAAUAACCCAACGGCUCUGUCUAUGUCCUGCUGGAGUUUCGAUGUGAGUACCAAGGGUUUCUCGCAUGAGCGGAUCACUACAACUUAUGACGAUCGACGCCAGGCUACUGUUGUGCUCACGGUUGUAAUAACAUGUCUAGCUCACGGUUUCUCUGCCCGACGCGUAUACAUCUUAGGAAACCGGAAUUGGUUCCUGGUGAUUUCUAUAGCUGUACUCAGCUUGGUUAGACUAGUGUGCGGCUGCAUCAUCACUGCGAAAUUGCUUAUCAUCAAAGUGCUAUCUAAGCUCCCUCAUGAGAUAGGUGCCCUUGCAGGUACUGGGCUCGGAGCCGCAUGCUUGGCGGAUUGGAUCAUCACUGUGUCCUUGGUAUACUUCUUGAGGCGAAAACGAUUGGGAUUCAAUCGGACCGAUAAUCUGCUCGAUCGGCUCACCUACUGGACCAUCAAUAGCGGCCUUCUGACAGGCCUGCUGGGGCUUGCCAUCAUUGUCACCAGCCUAACCCAUACACCAGCUCGUGACCAUGCCGGGAAACAUGAUCUACUUCUCCCUGCAUCUUUGCCUCAGCAAAUGCAAGUCUCUCCCUACGCAAACGCUCUCUUGGCAACAUUGAAUCAUAGGCCGGUGCGCAGGGGACGGGGGGUUAACGACUCGGAAGAUGGCACGGGGCCGAGUUUGCCUGUCAACUCGCCCCUCACGCCGAACGAUCCGUCACCGCCUUAUACAACGUUCAAGGAGGAGCUCGCGGUUCGCCCUACCGUACAUAUCGAGACGACAACGAUCACGGAUGUGUUUGAUGGGGCCGAGGACAAGUGA